AUGGUAAAUGUUGUCGGGGGAAAGAAAAAUUCUUUAAGUUCUUCGGAAAGGAUGCCUAAAGAUUCAGAUGAGCAAAUAGUACUUAAUGUUGGUGGCAUUAAGUAUACAACAACUCGUUCAACAUUGACUUCCCAACCUGACACCAUGUUAGCAAACAUGUUCAGUGAGCGAAACCAAGACAUGUUAAAAUGUACAGAUCAAAAUGAAUAUUUCUUUGAUCGCAAUGGUAGAGCUUUUUAUUAUGUUCUUGAAUUAUACCGUAAUAAUCGCGUCAUAUGGCCACGUGCGGAUCUAAAAAAAGAUAUUCACGUUUCUCGUCAAGAAUUGAUUGCUGAAUUUGAAUACUUUGGUGUGCCUUGGCAAGAUCAUAUUCAGACAUGUACCGUGGAUUUAGCAAGUGGUGAGGCAAACACUUUAGAUGACUUUAUCGAAGCUUUGGAGGAAGCUAUACCCAUUUGGGUGUCAGAAGCUGCGCUACAGUUCAAAAUCCUAUUUACGGAAUAUGGAGAAGUUUCCCACAAGCUUGAUCGUAUAAAAAACGUUCUUCUUCCCUUUAAAUACUGUGGUUAUCAUCUUCUAGUAAAAUUUAAAACUGAUCUUAUUAAUUACUUAAAUUCAAAAUUUCCAGGAUUGGUCUUUCAAAUUGAGAAAGAUUCUUAUCAUUCUGAUAAAUAUUACAUUUUGGUGUCAGAAUCUCAACAAUUUCUUGAAAAAAUCAAGUCUCAUAAGUAUAAAACAAAUUUAGUUGAAUGA